AUGGAAGAACAACACCCAGUGACAAAUUCGAAAAGUCGAAAAAGACAAGAUGGGAACAAAAGCCAGAAAAGCUCCAAGUCUCCAGGUCAGGCGAAAGAGCAUAAGGACCAACUGGAAAGACUUAGUGAAAAGGACCCAGAGUUCUAUGAUUUCUUAAAAGAGCAUGACCAGGAACUUCUACAAUUUAAUGAUGAGGACAUCGAUGAAGAUUCAGAUACUAACUUGAAAGAAGAUGAAACACCGGUAGAUGAUGAAAUACAAGUGGAUGAAGAGACUGGCCGUCAUGAUGUUGUACAAAAGAAAAAGAAACCAUCUAAAAAAGUUAUAACUAGUGAAAUGGUUGAUUCCUGGUGCAACUCAAUUAGAGAAGAUGGGAAGUUGAGUGCUAUUCAUUCUCUAAUGAAAGCUUUCCGCACUGCCUGCCACUAUGGUGACGAUAAGGAGGAUGAGUCUAUGUUAGAUUUCGGUGUUAUGUCUAGCAGUGUCUUUAAUAAAGUGAUGUUAUUUGUACUUAAGGAAAUGGAUGGAAUAAUCCGAAAAUUGUUGGAGCUCCCUGCUUUUGGUGGGAAGAAGGAGACCAUACUAAAUGCGAUGAACACAAAACGAUGGAAGAACUACAACCAUUUAGUGAAGUCAUAUCUUGGAAAUGCCUUACAUGUCUUGCGUCAAAUGACUGACACAGAAAUGAUAUCAUUUACUUUACGGCGUCUUCAAUACUCGUCCAUAUUUUUGGCUGCUUUUCCUGUUCUCUUAAGGAAGUACAUUAAGACUGCUGUAGACUUAUGGGGUUUAGGGGGAGGUUCCCUCCCUCUUGUCUCCCUUCUGUUUCUAAGAGAUUUAUGUGUUCGGCUUGGAUCUGAUUGCUUAGAUGAAUGCUUUAAGGGGAUGUACAAAGCCUAUGUCUUGAACUGCCAGUUUAUAACUGCAGCAAAAUUGCAACAUGUCCAAUUUCGUGCAAAUUGUGUAAUUGAACUCUAUGGUGUAGACCUUCCCACUGCGUAUCAACAUGCCUUUGUUUUCAUUCGACAAUUAGCAAUGAUUUUGCGGGAAGCACUCAAUGCAAAAACUAAGGAAGCAUUCCGAAAGGUGUAUGAGUGGAAGUUCAUGAACUGCCUUGAGCUCUGGACUGGGGCCAUCUCUUCCUACGGCUCAGAAGCCGACUUUAGGCCUGUUGUGUAUCCCCUGGCCCAAAUAAUUUAUGGGGUAGCCCGUCUAGUUCCAACUGCUAGAUAUUUUCCCCUUAGAUUGAGGUGUGUUAGAAUGCUUAAUCGAAUUGCUGCUUCGACGGGUACUUUCACACCGGUUUCUAUGCUACUUUUGGACAUGCUUGAAAUGAAAGAACUGAAUAGGCCUGCCACAGGCGGUGUUGGCAAAGCUCUUGAUUUGCGUACUAUACUUAAGGUUAGCAAGCCAACACUGAAGACCAGAGCAUUUCAGGAGGCAUGUGUGCUAUCUGUUGUUGAUGAGCUUGCUGAGCAUUUGGCGCAGUGGAGCUAUUCUAUUGCUUUCCCUGAGUUGUCUUUUAUUCCAGCUGUACGAUUGCGCAGCUUCUGCAAAUCAACCAAGGUUGAGAGGUUCCGGAAAGCAAUGAGGGAGCUUAUUCGUCAGAUUGAGGCUAACUGUCAGUUUACAAAUGAAAGGCGUAUGUCAAUUUCUUUUCUACCAAAUGAUCCUGCAGCUGCAUCUUUCUUGGAGGAUGAGAAAAAGUCAGGGGUAAGCCCUCUAUCGAAGUAUAUUUUAACUCUACGCCAAGUAGCGCAACAAAGAAAUGAUUCAUUGUUUGAAUCCAGUGUUCUCGUGGGGGAGCAUUCAUCUGUAUUUGGAAGUAAAGUACGGGAAAGUGACGAAGAAUAUGACCCCAAGGAUGAGGAAGGCACUACUGUCUUCAGUUCAUCCUGGUUACCAGGAACCGAUUCCAAGGCAAAACAACCCAAAGAUACGAAAAAGAAGAAAAGGAAGAGAAAGACUGAGCACCAGGACCAAGUAGCCAUGGAUGAAGAUAUUGUUCAGGACUUGGUGCUCAGUUCUGAUGAAGAAGAUGGGUCUUUAAGCAACACCUUCUCGGCUGAGGAAGAUGAAGUGGUGAAACCAGCGCCUUCAAAACUGGAAAGCAAGAAGCAUAAACACUCUACAAAUACAUCAAAGAAGAAUGAGGCAAAUGGCGGAAAGUCAUCUGCGAGAGAGCUCCUACGUCUUGCUCCCACAGCAUGCUUCAAGGCAGCAACAAUGAAAGUUAGACAUCUUCCUCACCUAUGGAAAAAAAAAACAGAAGGGUUCAGAAAGCAUUUCAAAAAGACAUUCGCACAGAGACCCAAGGAUCCUUUGUGA